AUGCCGAGCAACACACUGAGCGCGGAUGUGCCCACACUCGGAUGGUGGUAUGGUGGACAGGAGCCCACGACUCGCGGCGUGCCGAUCUGGACCAAGCUGAUCGAAAACAUGGGUGGCGCCUACCGCGCACGACUCGAGAAGGGCCCUUUGCUUGUCCACAGCGGACUGUUCCUCGACACGCCAUCUGCCUUCACGAAUCCGACGCUGGGCCAGGUGAAGGAAAACCCUACCCGUUACCCUCUGCUGCAGCAGGCGGUCGAAGCGUUCGAUGGUAGGUGCAGCUGCCCUGUUGUGCAUUCGAAAGCUGACGCGGCAGUGGACUUUGUGAUCGUCAUCGGACAUGAGAAGCUCACGAUCGAGCUUCAGCGUCUUCUCGCCCCGAGCGGCGUCAAGGUCGUCCCUCUCCCUAAGAGCGGCGGUGUGGUCGACCUCGACGAUGCGUAUCGCGAGCUCGCGCAUUCGCAGCAGGUCCGCACGUACUUCUACGGCGAGCCUGCGCUGCCCUCUUCUCUCGCUGGACUCUCGGGUAGCACUGUGCCUCUCGGAUUACAGCUUAACCCGUACUCGUUCCAGAUCCCAUGGGACGCGCUCCACGUACUGCGUGUGGGUGAGGGCAACGCGGCUCCGACCUCGGCGCUUCCGCUUGGCUCGUCCCAUGUCCUCUCACCAACUCGCCUCACCCGCGUUGACCCUGGAGGUCCCGCCCACGUCGUCCGCCUCCUCAACACCGUGCUCGCCAUUGUGCGUGUCGACCCUGAGGACCGCCUGGAGACUGCUAAGAGCAAGGUGAAGGAGGAGGAGGGCGAGAAGGCCGAGGAGGAGGUCAAGGAGGUGGAGAUCGACGAGGACGAGGUCCCGUACCGCGAGGAGAUUGCGCAGCGCGAGGUCCUCGGCUUUGUCGUCAUCACUGCCAUCGACACCCUCAAGAGGAAGUACACCAUUCUCUCGCCGAGCCCCGGUAAGCUUCCCUCGACUGUCGCGAUCGCCGGAUCGAUCGAGUGGGUUGAUUCGGCUUGA